AUGUACUUCAUCCUCUGGCAACUUCCCCCCCUCCUAGCAACACUCCAAGACCUGGUGCUGCUGCAGGUGUGCGGGGACAUAAGAUGGCCAUGGGGUGUUGUUGCUGCGAUGGCUCUCAUGGGUGUAUGCGUCACACUCUUGAGCAUCCUCUCCAUGUGGCUCAAGCCUCUCAUUAGCCUCCCGACGGCUAUCUCCACCCUCCCUGGUCUCCUCCCACUUCUGGUCCAUGCGCUUCUCAUCACCAUCACGGGGAAAAGCCUGCAUCGCAUGCAGAAGCGAAACGUUAUCGUUAAGUGGAUUCUGGCGUACGGAAUAUUCCUAUGUUCAUUGUCUAUCACCUUGAGCGUGCUCAUUUUGACCGAGAAGCUCCCUAUGGAAAAUGGCUUCUUUGCACAGGGCGCUUUACUAGCUAUCGGCUACUACCCUGUCCAUGAUACGGUGAAGUGGCUGCACAUGCUGGAAAUGCGCAGUCGGCGCAUGCACGAGCACUACCAGGCAAAGCACGGUAAAGCCAACGAAGAAACGAAAGCAUGGUUGGGCAUCUUUGAGGGAGCACAGAAGGCAUCAUCGGAUUUCUGGCAAGCUCACUUCAUGGGGAAGAAGUGGGGCCCAUGCCAUAACUACGAGACAUACGAGGAGCACUUCCUGGCAUUCAGAAUGGAAGAAAUGGACCCAUACAAGACGUGCCCUCGGAUCAAGCAGGCCCUCGACAGGUGGCCCGUGUCGCAGCGACUGCCGCUGAUUGCUGCUCCAUUUCUUAAAGCUUCCCCCAACCAAUUUCGGAAUCCCUUGCUCUUACAACUUCCCAAGCGCCCAUUGCCCAAACUAAGACCAGACCGCUCGGCAAUGUCCACCAACCUCGACCAAGAAGUGUCCUUCGUCGCCACCCCAUCGCAACUAGUGGCCUUCAUCGCCGCUUCUCAGGAAGUAGACUGGCAUUCCAACAAGGUCGAGUUUCGCCAAUAUCUGGCUGCCCACCCGAACGAUGAUCUGAAUAAGGCACUCGAAUCGCCGAAUGAUGUGUCGCACAACAGCAGCGAAGACAACCACACUACCCACAACUUGCUACAUGUCGACGAACAGACGCAGUACGAGGAGCGGCAAGCGUCCGACGACGACAAGAACGAUGACAACGGAGCGGUCCCGCCGAAGCAGCUACUUCAGCUCCUCGAUUUCAAGAUACACCUGUUUGUCUCUGAGACAAGCCUGUGGGUGCUGGCAACAUCGCCGCGUGAUGGCCGUGUGUUCAUGUACCCAAUCGACAAACCCUGCAUUCGAACGUCAGUCCUGCGGUAUAUUUGGUUUCACGCAGAUUCGUACGACCCUACCACGGGACUACAGGACUUGUUUAUGCUUGUUGGCAAGCCAAUGGUUGAGGGGCACUUCUACGAGGUUGUUGAUUGUGGCAAAGAAAAGCUCUGCCAGUGUCUCAUCAGGAAGGAUGUGCUACAGCCUUGUGUGAUGGAGAGAAUGUUGAUGGUGUUUCACAGACUUCAGAGUGGAAUUGUUGUUGCUCGUACGGCAAGCUACAUGUCCCCCCUUCAGGAGGACAACCUCAAGCCUGGCGUGGUAGAUUGGGUUGACUUUGUUGACUUCCCGGAAGCGGAUGCGGCGGUAGUCAUCGGAUUAGUCACCAAUGAACGCGUGCCCUGCUGCAGUUCAAAUGUGCCCUCAGGCUUAGCGCAGGACUUGAGCAGCGCACUCAGCAAGCACGCGUUCCUCGCCUCUCAACAGAACGCGCCACCUUCGUCUAGAUGUUCAGGACACAAUCCAGCCAACAUGGGUGCUAGACACAUGCUGCCCCCCUCUGACAAAUCGUCGCCGUUGCCUUCACCUCGAACGCCUUCCAUUCGAUCGUUGUCUCCUGGGCCCCAGCCUUGCCGACCGCUCCUGGUCUCCGCUCAACCAACACUACCCGGUGAAUCUACCGAUCGCCCCGAAACGGCUACAACCACCGAAUCACGUGGACAUGACCCUUCCCGCGGUCAGCCUUUUCAGGCACAUCCAUUGCAGAAAAAGAGAAAACGCAUACCGGACCACAACGAGAUGGGCGGCGCCCACCAAGGGAGAAAGACGAUGGUCAAACUACAGCCGCUUAUACGACUGCUACAGAUUCCCGGGCAGGUCCACGUCCCUAAUGUCGUGAAGUCUCGACAAGCUGCCUGGUUCGAGGACCCGCUGAGCUUCUUCCAGAUUCCUACAUUCAGCGGCAACUUUUCUGGCGACUACCCACUCGCGCUGUCACAAUGUGUACAUGCUGUGCAGGUUGCGCAGGCUAUGCAGGCUGUGCAGGCUAUGCAGGCCGAGCAGGUUGAGCAGGCUAUGCAGGCCGAGACCAUCCUAACACUUAUCUGGAGAGUCUUGCUUGUUUGCAUAUCGCGGCUUAAUGCACAGCUGCGGGAGCUCAACAUCCCGCUUCCCAGUGUCCUACGUGGCAUCAACAAGAACACUUGGAGAGUAUGGUCAUACGGCGGGAAUCGAUAUCACGGAUACACCACGUCCUUCCGCAGUGCCGGCGUUCUCCUCGUCCUUCCCACUGCCAUUCCCCGGACCACCUGGGAGAGCGUUAUUCCUGAACGCAAUUGCCGCGAGCGCGAAGAAAUAAUGAUACUGUUAGAGAGCCAGGGCAUCAAAACCGCCGCAGAGACAUGUGAGGGGGUUGCCAAACGGAUUCUGGGGCACAUGCUCACUCUAGGGACCGACUGGGUCAGCAACCGGGGAAGAACGACACACUCUAGUUUCGAUGCCCUUGGACAGGACAACACGACAGCGGGCCUUGUUGCAGGCCUUGUUCAACAUUCGAGCUCAGCUUACGACAAUUAUCUCCGUCAUCUUGAGGGUCAGCCUUGGGAGAAAACAGCACCCGAUAUAAUCGACUACUACGAUUGGACACCAAUCCUGUUCAAUCCGCCUGCGCCCCAUGUUUAA